GGCCGCCCGAUCUGGCAAGCGCCACCGUCGCCCGAGGCGGAAAACUGCGCGCGGUUCCUUCAUUACAUCACGUGUUUCUCCCGGCUCUGGAAAUUCCUGAGAUACUAGGCGCAACAACAGAAUCGGCGUCGUGCCUGAGUCCUCAAGAUGGGGUCUCCUCUUACAAGUGACGAUGAAGAUAUCUUCAAUCGCCUCCAACAACAGACGGACCCGAAGCUUUUAGAGGAGCAACAACAAGCUGUCAAUGAGCGUAUCAAUGCGAUUUACCAGAAAGCCCAGUCUCGGCUCGCAGAGUUGAUUGACGAGAACUCCACUUUGCCAUGCACGAUAUCUCGGAUACAGAUCCUCAAUGCGAAGCAUACUCGCACAGGCUUUCUGGAGCGUGUCUUUAGUCCAAUCCUGAGUGCUAAUAAGGGUAAACCUUAUACACUAUCAGAAGCUUUGCGUGAAGUGUCUCACGGAGCAGAGAAACUGAACCGCUUUGAUAUCUUCCAUGAACCAAUUUCCGUUUUUCUAGACAAACCGACGGAUCCAAACGCCCUGCCUACAGAUCUCGACGUAUAUGUGUCGGUCCGAGAAAAAUCAAGAAUCCUCCUAAAAACCGGAACUGACCUAGGAAACGCCGAAGGUUCUGCUUAUGGAAACCUUCUAUGGCGUAAUAUCUUUGGUGGUGCAGAAUCAUUGAACUUGAAUGCAUCACUUGGUACCCGGACAAGGUCUGCUUACCAGGCCGCCUUCGAAUCCCCUAUCUUGAGUGACCCGAACUUCCGCGCGGAGAUCGGUGCUAUUGCUAGUGCGACAGAAAAGCCAUGGGCUAGCCAUGAAGAGGUGCUCAAAGGAGGAUGGGCUAAGUUACGGUGGCAAAGCCGGUCAGGCCAGCGUCAUGAGCUUGCCUAUAAUGGUUUCUGGAGACAAGUCACUGGUUUAGCACCCAACACUUCGUUGACUGUUCGUGGUGAUGCCGGCGACAGUGUUAAAAGCAGCAUCUCUCAUACAUGGAUACACGACGGACGGAACAAUCCUCUUUUGCCGUCGCGUGGUUUGUUCGCCAAAACCGUGAACGAAAUUGCCGGGUGGGGACCAUUGAAAGGCGAUGUUGCUUUUUGGAAAUCAGAGAUCGAAACUCAGGGAGCAGUUCCUAUUCCAAUUCCAUUCAUCAAAGGAGAAAGUGGAGUUAGUUUCAGCACUGGACUCCGAGCAGGGCUGCUUUAUCCUCUCAAUCUCGACUCAAAGACAGCAACACCGGCAUCUCGCGUCAAUGACCGUUUCGUUUUAGGUGGCCCUACAGAUGUUCGAGGCUUCCGGCAAGCCGGCCUUGGACCCCAUGACAGUAGCAAUGCAAUCGGCGGCGAUGUCUAUGCCGCAGGAAGUGCCAAUCUGUUUGUUCCUCUACCACGCGCUGGCAAGGAGACGCCCCUACGUCUACAAGCCUUUGUCAACGGAGGUCGGUUGCUCUCUCUCCGCACUUCUCAGAAGGAAACGCCAAAAUCCAAUGACGAAGUCAAGAAUGCCGUCGCGUCGACUCUUGCUGAGCUUGGCAACGGCCUUCCCAGUGUAGCUGCUGGUGUUGGUUUGGUGUAUGCGCACCCAGUGGCUCGAUUCGAACUGAACUUUUCACUCCCUAUAGUCCAACGCAAAGGAGAAGAGGGGAGGAAGGGGCUUCAGUUGGGUAUUGGAAUCAACUUUUUAUAGACAUACGUGUGUCAUUAUGUAGAAUUAGAGGCUGGUAGACAUGAUGGUUUGUGGGGAUGUUUCACUCACCGUUCUGCAUGUCAAUCAACAAGUAUAAUAUAUUUCCCUCUCUUUUACA